UUUGGAAAUGUUGCAGGAAUUGAGUUUGGGUUCAAUGAGAUGCCUAUGGGUGGGGCUGCUAUUGAUUUGACAGGAGUGCCUUUGCCUGAGGAGACUCUUUCAGCCGCAAAGCAAUCUGAUGCUGUUCUUCUUGGAGCAAUUGGAGGGUAUAAAUGGGACAACAAUGAAAAGCAUUUGAAGCCUGAGACUGGAUUGCUUCAACUUCGAGGGGGUCUUAAGGUUUUUGCAAACUUGAGACCUGCGUCAGUCCUGCCACAGUUGGUAGAUGUUUCGACAUUGAAGAGAGAAGUUGCAGAAGGUGUAGACCUAAUGGUUGUCAGGGAACUUACAGAAGGUAUUUAUUUUGGCAAACCAAGGGGUUUUGGUACAAAUGAAAAUGGUGAGGAAAUUGGUUUCAAUACUGAGAUUUAUGCAACUUAUGAGGUAGAACGUAUUGCUCAUGUAGCAUUUGAAACUGCACGAAAACGUCGAGGAAAACUCUGUUCUGUUGAUAAAGCAAAUGUGUUGGAGGCCUCUAUGCAUUGGAGAAGAAUUGUUUCAAAGUUGUCCAAAGAGUAUCCUGAUGUUGACCUUUCACAUAUGUAUGCGGACAAUGCUGCCAUGCAGCUUAUUCGCAAUCCAAAGCAGUUCAAUACGAUUGUAGCAAACAAUAUAUUUGGUGAUAUUCUAUCUAAUGAAGCUUCAAUGAUUACUGGAAGUAUUGGUAUGCUUCCAUCUGCCAGUGUUGGAGAAUCGGGACCUGGACUCUUUGAGCCAAUACAUGGUUCUACUCCUAAUAUUGCCGGACAGGAUAAAGCAAAUCCUUUAGCAACAGUGCUUAGUGCUGCUAUGCUUCUCAAAUAUGGCCUAGGAGAGGAGAAGGCUGCUCACAGGAUUGAGGCAGCUGUUUCGGACACUUUAAAUCAAGGGUUUCGCACUGGUGACAUAUAUUUUGUUGGGCCUGUAUUAAAAAAUGACAUGGCAGUCAUUUUUGACUUGUUCCUCACCUUCUUCGCCGUCAGCUCCGACGACUUGUCCUUGUCUUCUCCGCCGCCCCCGCUCGACUCCACCUGCCCCGUCGGCCACCAAGAUCCAUUGCUGCUCCACAUUGUUGCUAGGAGAAGAGGAAGGCCGGAUGAGAGGUCCAGCCGCGCCACUUCCGAGUUCCGCUACCGCCACCGCCGGAAGUUGCCAGCCUGCUCUACUUCCACCCAGACUGCCGACCUGCUACUUUUUCUACGCCUGUUACGCUGGAGUGUUGGAGGAAAGGACAACUCACCGGAAGACAGGGGAGAGGAAACCACCCCUUCCGCCAAGCUUCGUCGAACCCGUAACGGCUGCUGCUGCUUCACGCUCUCGGUACCGAUCAAGAGGGAAGGGAAAAUGGAUGAAGAAUGUGGAGGCUUUACAUGA